GGUUAGGAUAUAUCUCGGUUGUUUUUAUUUUUGUUUAUACCAAAAGAUUGAAGUGGAAACAUAUUAUACGGUUAUUUUUACUACCAAAUAUUUGUAUCCAUACAUAUUUAUCUUAAUUUAGUUUGAAUUAUUUAACUUAGUUGUAUAUUUAGCCAAAACAAGAAAAUGUGUCAAUAACAACACCAACACCAGUGAUAGCAUUUCUUGGGACAUUACAUUACCAUAUUAAUAAUGAAUGAAGGUGCUUCAACUCGAAGCUACGUCCGCAAUGAGGAAGAUGUUAAAAUUAUGAUCAAACAUGCUAAAUUAGAAGAAGAAGAUUUAAAGCCACUUUCUCAAGCAAUUUAUUUUUCAAGCAAAUUUGACGAGUAUAAACUUUUAGAGUUAAACUCUCAAAUAUUAAGUUCAUUAACUGAAGGCCAGAGAGUCGUGUUUCGGGGUUGCAAAGAUGAUAAGGCAGUUCUUUGCACAAAUGAUAAAACGUUUGAGGUGAAAGAGGCUGAGACUUCUAACUCGUUGCUUCUUUUACCAACAUUAAAGCUUGCAGUUGAUUGUGAACCUGUUUCUGAAGAUGGGAGCAGAAAGUUGGAAGAAACUGAGAUUGUGGGAGUGUUUCACACAUACCUGGAGCUUCGGCUCACCAAGCCUCGACUACGUAGACUCAGAGCAUUGUUGGAGCCGAGUAGUUACAGAGGCUCGGAACUAGAGGACAGUCUGCGAGAGUCUGGAGUGAAGUUCUACACAACACAAGACCUGCUGGAGGUUGUACAGGCCAGUGAAGAGGAACUGCUGCAUGGUUUGGCAGAACUGGGUGUUUGCCAGAUGGACGGUCAUUGGAGACUGCUGGAGUUUGAUUACCAUUUCCGAGUUCUCUCUUACUUCCUGAACCUCGUAGACUCCAACUCUUGGAAUGUGAUGUGUAUCCCCUACAAAGAGACGGUGGAUAACUUGGAAGACCUAAUGCCGAGACCAAUACUCGACCAUGUGUUUCAUCAAUAUGCGGAGAUGUCCGGGGAUAGGGAUGAUGAAGGUGAACCCUUAUACAGUUUGAAGGAAGAAAAGAUCUGCAGAUUCUUGGCAGAAGUGCUCUUGCGGUCGGCUGGAAGAUUUAAUCUUCAGGAGUUUCUACAAGCUUGGCAGGAGAGUGUGCCUGAAGGACUUAAUACUGACUUGAAGCAACUGGCUGGGAUGGCUUUGGUUGAAUUGAAUGCUAAACCUCAAGCAAUUUGGUUUUAUGCUGAAAGUGAACUCCCAGAAGACAUACAAGAAAGAAUCAAUACACUGUUUCAAGUUCGGGAAAAGUGGACUUUUGAUGAAAUACAUCCUUACAUUGAGAAAUUAACAACGGAGAAACUGAAUGCCAAUGCUCUAUUAACAAAAUUUGCAAGAGCUUCAACAAUUAAUGGUGUCCGCUACUACAGUGCAAGGCAUGGGAAGUGAAACUGCUUAUCAAGAACUUUGUUCCUCGAUUAAUUAUUUAUCAGUUUAACUGUUAAUCUUUACAAGAAAGCUGUUGGAAAAUCUUUGCAAAAUCUGUCUGUUUGGACAGAAACUAUUAAACAUCGAAGGACGUAGUUAACAAAACAAUGUAAAUACAAAUUUGUGUGUACGAGUCCUAUUGUACAAGUGAUUUGUGUUAUGUUUGCAAUAACUGAAAAAGACAAUACCCUUUUAACUUCAGGGAUUUUUCAUUGAUUAUCCACUUAAUUGUACAGGGUGUGGAAAAAAACCGAUCUAUUUUAUGUAGGGCAUUGUUCAGCAACGGGUUGUCUGGGAGUGGUGGGGUUAGAUUCGUUGGAAAGCCUACCUACACGAUGCCAUUAUCUGUGGUCUUAGAGCAGUGGUCACCUGAGCAUCGUCCGUUUGUUAUCUAGUCAUAUUUAAAAAGUAAUGAUUCACGCAUUGCAACUGAAUGGCAAUUUCAUGCAUUUAUUUUUAUUUUUUUAAAUUAGAAGACGUCGAUUCCGUCAAGAGGCACAAUCAUGUGGUGUGGGUUAUAACAUUAGAACAAUGGCUUCUGCGUUCAAAAAGAAGCUGACAAGCCGU